AUGACAAAAAAUAAUAUCGGACGUAUUAUUAUUGUUGGAGCAGGUCCAGGUGGAUUGACAUUGGCACGUAUUCUACAACUCAAAGGUUUCGAAGUUAAGAUCUAUGAACGAGAAAGCCAUAUUGAUGUUCGAUCUCAAGGAGGAACCUUAGAUCUUCAUGUACACUCGGGUCAAUAUGCUCUUAAAACAGCAGAAUUAUUUGAAGAUUUUCAGGCAGUUUGCCGUCCUGAAGGACAAGAUACACGCAUUAUCGGAAAGUCCGGUACGAUUUAUUAUGAAGAAGUAGUUCCUGACAAAAAUUAUGAUCGACCAGAAAUUGAUCGACGUGAUCUCCGACAAAUAUUACUGAAGUCAUUAAAAAAAGAUACUGUUAUUCAAGGUCAUAAUUUACUUGAUAUUCAAUCAAUAAGUAACGGUCAACAUAAACUGACAUUUGAUAACGGUGUAACAGACGUUGCUGAUUUAGUUAUUGGUGCAGAUGGUGCAUGGUCACGCGUUCGUCAUCUUGUUUCGAAAGAAAAGCCACAAUAUUGUGGUGCUACGAUGAUAGAAGCACAAUUUACUGAAGUUGAUGACCGACAUCCUGAAAUUUCUAAACUAACUGGACGUGGUACUAUGUUUGCUUUAUCUGAUAACAAAGGUCUUUUUGCUCAACGCAAUGGGGGAAAUCAAAUUCGUGUCUAUAUCACUUUGCGUGUACCAGAAAAUUGGAUUAUCGAAUCGGGAAUUGAUUUCGAUCAGCCACAACAAGUUCGUACUCAUCUUCUCGAAUUAUUUUCAGAUUGGGACAAUAGUCUGCUCAACUUAAUUCAAGUUUGUGAUGACAAUUUUAUUCCACGUCCUCUCUAUAUGCUACCUAUCAAUCAAAAAUGGGAAACACAGCAAGGUGUUACAUUAUUAGGUGAUGCUGCCCAUCUUAUGUGUCCGUUUGCCGGUGAAGGUGUUAAUUUGGCUAUGCUAGAUGCGACAGAAUUAGCUCUUGCUAUUACUAAUUCAACUGAUUUAACACAAUCAAUUCACGAAUAUGAACAGAAAAUGUUCUCUCGCGCUGCAGAAUCUUCUGAAGAAUCUUUAACAAAUCUUGAUUUAUUUAUUUCACCAGAUGAUUCAGCAAAAAAAGUGUGUGAGUGGUUUAAAAAAAUGAUGGAAGGUGCACUACAAAAUAAUAAUGAAAAUUCUGUUACUGCAUAG